AAAUGAGGUCAAUUUUGGCUUUGAGAACAGUAGUUCUUUUGUCUUUUUUCAGUACGAGUGUAUUAUGCCAUGAUUUGGAUGAAAAUAGUAUUCACUCAAGGGUAAUUGCGCAAGGAAACAAUCAAUUUGCACUGAAGCUUUUGCAGUUUCUUGGGUCGGAGUCACAUCAAAAUGUAAACUUGUUUUUCUCACCAACAAGUCUAUCACUGGCGCUAGGAAUGGUAUUUCUUGGAGCGAGGGGAGAGUCAGCAGCUCAAAUUUCUGAAUCUUUUAACUGGAGUAGCUUAGAAAGAGAGAAAGUAUAUUCUGCGUUGAACGUCUUGCUUCAAACAGUAACGAGCCACGAGCACGAGCAAUUCGAACUUGAACUAGCAAACCGUGUUUGGGGACAUCAAGCUCUUCGUCUGGAAAAAGCGUUUGUAAACGAAAUGAGAGAGUUUUAUGACACCGAGAUAACUUUGAGAGACUUUAAACAGGAUCCUGAGGGAGUAAGGAGCGAAGUAAAUCAAUGGGUCCAUCAACGAACUAAUGGUAAAAUUAAGGACUUUCUUGCACCAGGGGUAUUCAACUCUGAUACUCAGUUAGCUUUAGUGAAUGCUAUAUAUUUCAAAGGGCUGUGGAAAUAUGAAUUCAGCAAUAAAAAUACUUUCCUUGCGCCGUUUUACGCAUUUGGAAGCCAAGACAACGAAGAAGUUGUGGAAAUGAUGAGUCAAACUGCAAAACUGAAUUACUUCUUUGAUGAAACUCAUAGCUGCCGUGUGCUUGAGCUUCCCUACAGUGGUAACGAUGUAUCAAUGUUGCUGUUUCUUCCUGAAGAGCUUGAUGGCUUAGCAAAGCUUGAGAUGUCACUUACAGUUGAAAACCUCAAAAGAUGGACAUCAAUGUUAACAAACACAACUGUUUCUGUGAUGUUACCGAAGUUCAAACUGAACAAAGAGAUUAAUCUUAAAACAGUACUUCCAGAACUUGGUAUACACGAUAUAUUUGAUUCCAGCCAAGCUAAUUUGACUAGUAUAAGCGAGACAGAUGGACUUUUUGUAUCACAUGCCAUUCACAAAGCUCAUGUUGAAGUAAAUGAGAGAGGAACAGAAGCGGCUGCAGCCACAGGUUUUGUCAUGAGAAAGCGUUCUCUAGAUAUGAAUGAAAUGUUUCAUGUUGACCAUCCAUUUAUUUUCUUGAUUCGUCACCAUCCAUCGAAGUCAAUUUUAUUCGUUGGUAAAGUUUUAGAGAGCAGAAGCAUGAAAGAGCAAACCAAUACCCGGGGACAAUCUAGUGAUGAGCUAUAAAUGCAAGGCUCGUGCAAAAUUGUUACUAGAACAAAUGUAGGUAGAAAAACAUAGGUAAGCUGAAAAAUUGAAGACAAGAAGUAUAGAAUAUUAUUUGUUCAGUGGUAUUUAAUGAUCUAUGUCAGUAUUUGUCUGAUUAUUGAGAAAGCUAAACACAUUAUGUGGUAAACUCAUUGAACAGAUUGCUUGCGACAAACAUAACAAACAUACCAACAAAUAAGAUGUCCAUCAAAAUCCUUGUAGAGAUGAUUUUGAAGUGACGUAAAACGAAACCUAUCGCUGCUUCGAUGAUUCAGACGAGAAGCGAAACAACAAAACUGAAUACGGAAAAAAAUCAUUAUGACGUCAUAGCAUCGUCAUAAUCAGGGAACUGGAAAUUCUUCAAACGCGCUCAAUGACGUCACAAUUAAAA